AUGCCUUCGUCCAAUGCUUUGGCCUGCAUUUGCAAUGUGAUCAAUCCUUGUCGCAACGAGGUCUCCAACACCUUUGUCAUUGUCCAAUGGCUAUUCACAGGAUUCGCUGCACUCGCCCAGGUCGUGCGACCCCUGCUCCUACUCUUUGGCAUACGGGCCGAGGUGGCGCUGAACCAGGAGGAUUACAACAAGACCUGGAUCUACAUGCCCAAUGGCGAUGGCAAGGCAGAGGUUGCCUAUUUGGUCGAGCCACCACCGGAGAAUCGCAUCAAUUUGCCACAGUUGAUACAAUUUGAGUUAUACGCCAGUGAUGCUGUGCAUAGUUCGAGUUUCUGGAUCGAUGACAAUGAUUUUCAGCGUGUGCGUCACAAGCGCGACACUUGGCAGGAGCUGGCCGAGAAAUUUGAUGCCAAACUGGACACCAAGAUACUUGUGCAUGGCUGGAAAUCGAGUACGAUGAGCAAUUCGAUACAGUCGAUAAGGGGUGCGUAUAUCGAGCGGGGUCAGGUGAAUGUGUUCGCCAUUAACUGGCAGGAUCAGGCAGAUAAUAUCUAUUAUCUGACGCCGGCACGUUAUACGGUUCAAGUGGGUCGAGCAGUGGCUAAACUGAUUGAUCUGCUUGUCGAGGAGAAGGAUGCGGAUCCGCAGCGUAUCCAUCUAAUUGGUCAUAGUCUGGGCGCCCAUAUUAUGGGUUACGCUGGCUCCUAUACAAAAUAUCGUGUGGGUCGCAUAACUGGCUUGGAUCCGGCACGACCUGCAUUCGAGAAUUGCAUUGGGCCUGAGAAUCAUUUGGAUGAGACGGAUGCCAAUUUCGUGGAUGUUAUUCACAGCUGUGCCGGCUACUUGGGUUUCAAGAAGCCCAUCGGCAUGGUCGAUUUCUAUCCCAAUGGCGGUGGUCCCCCACAGCCGGGCUGCAAUGAACUCUCUCAGAUUUUCACCGGUUGCAGUCAUGGUCGCUCCUAUGAGUACUAUGCGGAGUCCAUAAACAGCGCGAAGGGUUUCUAUGGCAUGCCGUGUGGCACAUUGGAGGAGCUGCGUGGCAAGAACUGCACCGGUGGCAAGAUUCUGAUGGGCGAUCCGGUGCCGCAAGAAUCACGCGGCAUUUAUCUGGUGAAGACGGCCAAGAAGCCCAGUUUUGCACUCGGCAUGGACGAUAUUCUGCCCAAGGAUACGGAUUAUUAAACCAGCAACUGCACUCGGAAAAAAUAAAUAUAUCACCCUAAAAAUUAGAGAGUCAUUCUUGUU